AUGGAGGAAAAAGACGGUUGGCAAGAUAAGGUGGAUAACUUAAAGAAUUUAUUAAGUGAAAAGCAAACCAAACAAGCCGAAGUAGAAAAAUUAUUUAACCAAAGGUGUGGAUUUUAUGAAAAAGAGAUAGAAGAAUUAAAACAGCAAAACCAAGCGAAACGGCAAAGCAGCGAAUUGUGGGAUUUAAUUAACCAGAAAGACAGUUCCUUAAAUAAAUUAACUAAUAAAAAAAAACAAGCCACACAAAAGAUUAGGGGGUUAGUUCAAGAGCAAAAAAACCAGGAAGGAAAGCAUGAGGAACAUAUUUGUCUGCCAGUUGAUAACGGUGAAUUAACUAGAUUACGCCAAGAAAAUCAAAAAAAAGAGCAAAAAAUAGGAGAAUUGGAGCAAGUAAUUGAGGAGUUAAGGGAUAAACCGCCGAUUCAGACCAUUGACCAGCCAACUCAAACCGAAACUAAACCCGAGCCAAGCAAUAGUGAAAGAGAAACCUUAUUAAUUGAAAUUAACCAACAAAAAGCCACUAUUCAGCAACUCCAAACUCAACUACAACAAGCCCAGGAACCCCAAACAAUAAUUAAAGAAAUCCCUAAAAUUGACUUAACUACUAUUCAACAAUUACAAACUAAAUUAAGAAAAAAAGAACAAACUAUUACUCAACUUCAUAUUACUUGGCUAUUGUUCUUAGGGUCCGAUACUUCUUCACCCUUCCCGUUUCUAGGUUCAAAACCCCACACUAGCCCGGCAUCUAUCCUUGUCUGCAUCUUCCUCCUCCG